GAGACUGGGCGAGGUCAUCAUCACUCAUCAGCUUCGUCUUCCUCCAACGCUCGGCUCGGUUUAGGGAGGAUGAUGAUGGUGGUUUCUCCGGGGCUUCUCACUAGUGUUUCAGGUUUAAUCCGAUUGGCUCCGUCACACCGGAUUCAAAGACGCAACGGCUUCGGACCUAGUUGCUUCAAGUUUUCUGUGGAUCCGAGGAGGAGUAUUAAUGGAAGAGUGAGUCAUAAGCCGGUGGUAACGGUAGGUUGCUCUCGUCAAAGUUGGAGCUCUCAUAACAACAAGCACCUUUCCGAAGAAGAGCCCCUAUGGCUUAGCCUUCUUAGAGACAUCGUCUGGAGCACGAGGUCUCUCUUCUCUUUCAUGGCUGAGCAACCGAGUCAGCUCAAAUACAUAGAGUGGCCAAGUUUUACAAGCACGCUAAAGACAGCGACACUGAGUCUAUGUCUGGUAGCCGUAUUCAUUGUAGCGCUAUCAUCGGUGGAUGCUGCUCUUUGUUACAUAUUGACUAUGAUCUUGAGGAAAGCAGCCCCAUGACCAUAUGAGGAAGGAAGGAAGGAAGGCAAACAACAUACGUAGUAGUUUGUCUCUUGGAGAUACUGGUUGUGUAGCCUUGAGAUAGUUGAGUAUUGUUGUUCAUGUAGAAAUAAUUCUUGAUGUACCCAAAGUCCCAAACCAAUGUGUGUUGUGUGGUCUGUUUAAUUAACAAUACUCAAAAAAAAGGGAAAUCAAAACUAGUCUGAGUUAUAUA